CGUGAAUGCAACAUGAACUCGAAGUAACAGUGUCGGUCUCUUUGAAGUGGAGUUUGCUGGCUGGAGCUGAAUCUGCCUUCUGAGACCCAUGGAUGACAGUGAGGAGACAGACUUCUUCUGGGAGCCUUGGACUUGGACACCUAGGAAAGGAAAAAGAAAAAAGAAAUCCAAAAAGGACAAGAAAAAUGCAAAUUGCAAAAACAACAUAGCCAUGAAAAUGGAUGAGAACAUUCAGAAGAAAAAGAAAAAGAAAAGCUCAAAAUUUAAGGAAGCAAUGAAAGAAAAUAGAGAAGCUAAAAAAGAAAAGAAGAAAAAGAAAAACAGAUUGCACUCAGAACUAGAUGAUAGUUUUAUAUUUCCUCAGGGCAGCAGUGUACAAACAAAACCUACAAUGGAGCCUGGAACAUUGAUUCCACACAGCAGUGACAAGCUUAAACCUGGCAAAGACUGCAAGAAGAAAACCAAAAGAAAAAAGAAAGUGGCGUUUGACUUAUCACCAGCCUACAUAUGUGCCAAACAUCCUCAAUUAAGCUCUUCAUCUCAGCAUUCUCCCAAAGAGAGCGUCCUCUUGGAGAAUGAAGCUGUGAGAGAUGCUGAGAGCUGUUCACAAGUCACAGUGACAGGACACAGCCAGGGUCAAACACAUGCUAAUGAAUCUCAGUGCACCAAUGAGGAUAUAAACAGCCAGGACCUGUUCAUCACCCAGAAGACAUUCAGAGUGUCGCCCUCAGAACCUUCCAGUGGGGAAGCCAGCGACCAAGCCAUAACUACAAGUCCUCAAAUGUUUGCACCACGAAACAGUUUGGACACGUCUGUAGUAUGGCUAAAACAGCAUCUCGACCAAUCAUACAAAUGUCCACACGACUCACAUUUCCAUCAGGACCACGGAGAAACAAACGAGCAGGUGCAACAGCCAAAGACAGUACAGGUGCUUCUCACAGAGGAAGAGGAGCAAUUAAACAAAGCACAUCAGAGUCCCAAGGAGGCAAAAUCCUUCUUUGAGACACAGAUGGAGUUAAACACAAACCUAAAUCAGGUGAAAAAAGUUGCACACCCUGCACAUAAUGAAUACCUGGAUAAGCCAAUUGUUGUAAAGCCCUCCCUGGGUGAUGUAAAGUCAAAGCAGUCUCUUUCAUAUCUGUCAGAUGAGCCAGCGGUGUUGCCCCCCAUGUCCCUGACAAGCACUUCCACACAGACAGAAAACUUCUUCACCACUGAACUCUCCUCCUACCUCAACUUCGACCAAAAAAGAAGAUUGAGCGUACACUUUGAGAACUUGAAACCGCUGGAUCUGAGCAUGCCAGAGAGGGCGAGAAAAAACCUCGGGACAUGUUUGUCAGUGACUUUACAAGAAGAGAUCAAAAGUGACAACCACAAAGAGCCCAGCCUGCACCCAUCUUGUUCCUCAGACACGAAAGAUGGAGAGGCAAAGAAAGAGCCCUCUGGCCGACAGCCUUGCUCUGGAAGCACACAAGGUAAAGGUGAAACAACGCUGAGCCCCCAGUCAGAGUCUGAGGCCAAGUCUGCAGACACGACAGCCUCCAGUGAAGACGACCCCCCCUGUCGCACUGGCAAGCUAGACCUGAUCCAGGUGAGGGCAGUCCAGAUGAGACUCAAUGAAUCCUUCUUCUUCAAGACAAAAGGAGAGGGACGGUCACCCAGACCAGAGUCUCCACUGAUGAAACUCGCUCAGGGCAGAGAGGUUAAAAGCAGGAAGGGGCACUGAGGUCAUAUGAAAGCAUGGAAAUUAAGGUUCCCUGACACUAACCUGCAGUCAGUGGCUGCCACAUUCUUACUUACAUUUUUUGCCAGGUAUCCUUUAAUGUGUGGAGCAGUAUUUCAGUGGCUUGGGUUUAAGAUCAGCCAAGCAUCAGAUUUACAGGCAAAUUAAAAUUCAGUUCUUAAUGCCAAACUUUAUCUGUACCUUGUUGUUGAGAGAUAAGAAUCUUUGUGUAGAGAGCUUCGAUGUUAAAGGUGUACUAGGCAGGAUUGUCGUUAAUGUUUGUAAACAUACUUGCUGGGGAAAGUGAAAGUAAAGGCCUUGGCACACCAAACCAACUGUCCCAAAAUGAACUUCUGGAGAAGAAUCACAGAAACCUCUUGGUAUUCAUGAUGACUUCAUGUAUUUGUCCAUUGUUCGAAUUUUCAAGUUAGACUUUCCUGUAAUGUUGGUAUAGGUUGUUACUUCCUCAAAUACCAGUUUUAUUCAGUGUUUUUGAUGUUUUCAGGAAACUAUGACAUCGAAUUGUAGUUCAUAGUUUUGUUUGUGGUCUGUUGUUUUGUGUUGAAGACUUUUAUCAAUUAAAGUCUUUUA